AUGUAUUCAACCUACAAACACAUCUUUAAAUAAAUGAAUGAUAUUAUGCAGGAUCCUAUCAUCAAUGAAUUUUUAGCAGUCAAAUAGAUUGAGGACAAUAUUCCUGACAGAAAGAACAUUAUUAAAUUUGGAUUAAUACUCAAAUAAUUAGAUUAGUUUUUGAAGGAAUAAAUGAUAAUUGAAUAAAAAAUAAAAGGCAAAUUAUUAGCUAUCAUUAAAUAUGACAAGUCUUUUCCUAAAUUUGUGAAUUUCAUCCAAAUAAUUAAUAAUGAAUAUACUAUUGAAUUUUCAUAAGCACAUCUUGAUGAACUUAGUCAUAUUACUGAUAGUCAUACAGAUGAUUUAUACACUUUAUAAGAUAUCAUAUAUGAAGUUGUGAAAAGAAUUAAAACAAGAGUCAAUGUUGAUCAUCUCAAAUAUUUAUUAGAUUAAUAAAUUUAGCAUCCAAUAUCUACUAAACUCUAUUAAAUUAAUUAACCUCCUACUUUAAUCUAUUUAUUAUAGCAUAAUGAGAGAAUAAUAUUCAUUUUAAUUGCUGUAUGUAAUCAAGAAUAGAUUCCCUUACCUUGCUUUAUUAAUUGUUUAUACUUAACAGGAGAUCAGAUGAAAUUGAGAAUAGAUUAGAAUCUAGAAAGAACUAUAUUGUCAAUUGUUUAAGUAAAGAAAGUGGCUGAAGAAUUGGGAUAUAAUAAUGUAUCAUUGGCAGAGUAAGGUCUUUUAGAAUUGAAAUUACAAUAUUAUAAAUAAUAUUUAGAAAUACCAGAGUAAGAUUUAAUUGAUUCAACAUUAUCAGUAUUAGUUAUGAAAGGAAUAGAAGUAAAUUAAAUUCAAAUAAGAAAUUUAUUAAAUCAAACAUUAAAAAUAUAGAAUUCUCCAUAAAUUAAUCGUUUGAAAACUCUAUUUAAUUAAUUAUUAGAGACAUCAUAAUAAAUGACAGAAAGAAGACAAUAAAAUAGAAAUCUUAAAGUAAAUAUUGUGAUAGUUUUGAAAUAAGUAAUUUCUAAAAUGAUAAAGGAUAAAACAGGAUUUCCAUAAAUAAUAAAUUUAAUGAAAUUAAGAAAUGGAAAUCUUAAAUUUGAUACUACUGAUACAAUAUUAAGGAAAUAUUUUUAAUAUAUUUAGAAACCACUUGUUGAACUUUAUAGUGUUACUAGUUUCACUUAAUUAAAUAAUUUUUGUAGAACUUCAGUUUUAAAUCCAAUAGAAUAGUGUGAGGCUGAAAUAAUUGAAAAAAUGCUAGAAUUAGUAUAUUAGGAACGUUCAAAAUAUUUGGUUGAUUUAAAAACUAUUUUUGAGGAAUCAAAACAAACUAGUAAUAGUUUACUUAUGAUACUAAGUAUAUGUUAAGAGAAAUCUAAUAGACCUAUAGAUAAAACAGAUAAAAUUGAGAUUUUAUAUUAAAUAAAAGUGUUGAUAGAAUAAUUAUUGUCAUAUACAGAAAAAAAUAAAAUAAUUGAACUUGAUAGUGAUGAAGAGUUAAAGAAAUAAUAAAAGAUAUGA